AUGCGCCUGAAGAAGCUCAAGCUGAACGUGAGCCGACGCUCGCGACCGGGCGACGACGACGCAGCGCUCGGCAGCAGUGCCGUCGGUGACAACGGCGACGACGACAACGAGCAGCGCAAGUGGGUGAGCCCCAGUAAGUUGGGGCACGGCGGAGCAGCGCACAGCAGUAGCAGUAGCACUAGCACUAGCAGCAGCAGUAGUAGUAGUAGUCCCACGGAUGCUCAGCCCCAGGAGCUCCACACGCACGUGGCCGUGCGCUUUGAGCCACACAGCAGCAGCACUUCCUCCUCGGAGCUCUUUGCACGUGGCGUCGCCGGUGGCGUCGUGAGGCCCAAGACAGCGGCCAUGGCAGUAGCACAAACAGGAGCAGAUACAGGAGCUGCAGGUGGAGCAGCAGCUGACGUCGACAUGGGCGACGACGACGUGGCCGAAGCCGGGCACGCGGCGAUGCGCCAGACUAUGGUCCGUGCGAUCGUCGAGACGCUGCGCGCGCUGAAGCCGCACGCCCCCGAGAAAGUGCUGGCGGGGCUGCCGACACUGGCGCAGCACAUGGACACGACGCUGUUCAAGCUCGCUCCGAGCGAAGCCGAGUACUGCGACCGGACGACGCUGCGCUCGCGCAUUGCGCAGAUUCAGGAGACCAAUGCCAAGCGACUGCUGGCACAGCAACAGCAGCGGACGCCCGAGUGCAGCAGCAGCAGUAGCCACGUCGUGCCAGCUCUCAAGCCAUUGGCCGAGAUGCAGGCGUGCAAGGUCUUCCAGCACCUGCAGUCGUGGCGCCAGCAGCUCGUCCACGCGCACGCGGUGGCGCCAUGGGACAUCCUGCCCAACGCGACACUGGCCAACGUGGCGCUCUACAUGCCGUCGAGCGAGGCGGAGCUCGCCAGGUGCGGAAUUGGCACGGACCGCAUGACGCGGUUCGGCCCCUCGCUGAUGCAGGAGCUACAGCGCCUCAGUUGGUCGCACGUCCGAGCGUCGGAUCCGCUGCUCCGGGCCAAGUCAAGCCGCAAGUCGCCAAGCACUGGAAAGCGCAGCGCACCCGAGUCGAUGGCUGGUCCGAGCAGCCGCCGUAAGAAGCAAAAGGACGGACCCAGUGCGCGGUCGGCGGCGUCGGUGGCUGCCAGCGAGCACAGUCGUUCGCCCACGGCACAGACGUCGAUGCGUUCGACGGUGGAGUCGCCCGCGGCACUGUUGCCAAUGGUGUCCAUGCGACCCGACGGUGGGCCUCCUCCGACCACGUCUACGGCGACGGCAUCGUCCCAUUGUCCUUCUUCAGCCGCGUCGUCCCUGCAGCAACAAAGUCCCGCGUGUCCGGCGCUGGAGAACCACAUGCAUCUGCUGGUCCAAGGAGCAGGUCAGCUGAGCCACCAGCAGCUGAAGCAGCAGCAGCAGGUCAAGAGCCUCGAGGCGUACGAGCAGGAGGUUCAGUCGCUCCGGUGGAUGCUGCAUCAGUCGCAGCAGCAAACGGCCCAACUCGAGAGGGACGUCCAGCGCUUACGUGCAGAGCUGCACGACGCCACUCGUCGCAAGUGA